AGAGUACUAGACACAGAGCAAUAGCUCAUCAAAUGGUACCAAUUGUCGUUCCGACCGCCUGCGAGGACUGGUCCCUCAACAUUGACAAUGACUCGAUGAGACGCUUUUGGUGGAACAACACCUACAGCAUUACAGUUUGGGAAGAGACACUGAACAUUGACAAGCAAACAGAAACAAUCUCGGACUGCGACGUGUGGACCAAGUUCAUUGAAGUGCAAAUUCACUGCGCAUUCAAAAUUUGCUCCGUCUGCCAUUGUCCUGAGGAAAGCGAUGACAUGAAAAUCUGCUGCUACUGUGGCAGCACCGUGCAUGAUAACUGUUCGGAGCCCGCGACCUACGAGCAAAUUAUCUGGAAGUCGGCGAAUCUCAACUUCAAGGAGCACAUGCGCGCCUGUUUCCAUUGCCAGGCUGUCGAAUGCGAAGAACCUGUCCCUCCUACUUCCCCUGGACAGCCCGAUAACGUUCGAAGAGCAGUAAGGCGAGCAUUGACUAUUUCCGACGAAUAUUCGCCAGAGAUAACGAAGCAACUGCAGAUGAUUUCCGCAGAGGCAGAGAAAUCGCCAAAUGACGCCAGCCUGAUGGCGGAGUUGCAGAAAACUGUACUCAGCUUUUUCCAGUCUCGCCGGUCGUUGCAGAUGUUCCGCAAGGAGCGAGUCGCUUCUAAAGCCGGCGGCAUCGGUGUCGUUGCGGCGCAAGACAUCCCAGCAUUCACAAUCAUCGGGGUUUACCCUGGCUACUUGGACUUUCUCAGUGGCGAGCAAGGCAAACUCGGCCGCCCCACCUCGAAAUAUGCGUUAAUGGAAUACAACUGCGCAAACUAUUUCAACGAGGUGUUUGUCGAAUUUCAAGACACUUUAACGCCCUUCAUCAAUGAGCCCAACGUAGAUGAGAAGAGCAAUUGCGCAUGGAUUCAGGAGCCACACAGGAAACAUGGCCGACUGAGCGUGAUGUGCGUCUGUGACGUGCACGAGGGCGAAGAGCUCACGAUUAGUUAUGGACCCAUAUAUUCUCGCACUUAUCCCUACUGCUACGACGCCUACGCCUUUCAUCAAGCCGAAGGACAAGCGGCCGCUCCGUGUUUUUACCUGUGGCACUGGCCCACCAUGGAAGAGUCAGACGCAAAAUUUGUUUGUUGUGUCGCGUACAACGCCAAAGAGGAUCGGUAUGCCCUAUGGCAGAACACAGCCUAG